AUGGCCAGCACAGUCGACUCCACCCGCGUGCGGGAAUUCAAUGAAGAGAAUGACCCCUUCUUCCAGAAGAAGCUCGACCGCCUCGCCAAGAUGGUGAAGCAAAGCAAGUACACAGUGUUCUUUACGGGCGCGGGAGUGUCCACGUCGGCCGGCGUGGGCGACUACCGCGGCCCGUCGGGCGCCUGGACCAAGCGCAAGAUCAAGGAGCUGGAGCUGCUGGGCGCCGGAAGGACGGCCGAGGACGAGUCGGAGCUGACCAAGCUCAAGGCCGAGGCCGCGCGCGAGGAGAAGAAGGCCCGAGUCAAGAUCGACAUGUGCGACGCCCAGCCCACGCCCACCCACAUGGCCAUGGCCACCCUCAUCCGACUGGGUCUCGCCCACUACGUCGUCACCACCAACCUCGACGGCAUCUACAGGAAGGCGGGACUGAAGGAUCACGAGCAGCUGUGUUGCCUGCACGGUGACAUCUACGUCGAGCGGUGUUCGGGGUGCGGCUACGACUUUGAGCGCAACUACCACGUCCGCCAGGGCCACACGCACGUGCAUGACCACAAAGUGGGCACCUGCUCGCGGUGCGGCAGCGCGCCGCCGGCCCACUACAAGGGCACGCCGGGCGACCUCAAGAUGAAGAAGGGCCGCUGGGGCGGGCGCAUGGUGGGCACCCGCGACACCAACUGCGGCACCAAGGACACCCACAUCAACUUUGGCGAGCUGCUGGACGAGGUGGACUGGAACGAGGCCGACACCCACUGCCGCCGGGCCGAUCUGUGCAUCAUCGCCGGCACGUCGAUGUCGCUCCGCCACAUCACCCACUUCCCGUUCCUGGCCCGGCAGGUGGUACUGAUCAACCUCCAGCCGACGCCCGACGACGACGAGGCCACGCUGCGCAUCUGGGCCAAGUGCGACCCGGUGUUCGAGGGCCUGAUGGCCCGGCUCGACGUGCCCAUCGACCCGGUGCCCGUGUGGCGCCCGCGCGACGCCGUGCCGCUCAACCGCAUUCCCAACUUUGUGCACCCGUACUACAAGAAGAAGGCCGAGGCCAUAGAGGAGAUGGCCCGCCUGCGCGAGGCCGAGGCCGACGACCGCCGGCGCGAGGCGGCAGCCGAACGACUCACGCGGCAGGUCGACCGGAUGGAGGUGGUCGACGUCAGCAGCAGCAGCGAAGAAGACGAUGAAGCGGAAGCCGGCGAGAAGAAGAACAAGAAGAAGAGCAAGAAAACGAAGACGAAGAAGGAAAAGAACGAAGACGAUGAGGUGGUGGAGGUGCCGAAGGUGAUCGAGGUAGGCAACGAGCAUGCGGCGGUGCCGACCGACCGAGGCAACAACACGCACCAGUGGACGAUGUUCGUGAAGCUGCCGGACGGGCGCGACGAUGCCCGCGAUCUGGCCGAGCUGGUGGACCACGUCACCUACGACCUCCAUCCGACCUUCUCGCCGGCCCAAGUGCGCGUCACGGAGGCGCCCUUCCGGGUCACUCGCCUGGGCUGGGGCACCUUCAGCGUGGGCGUCACCGUCCAGUGGAAGAAGCACGUCGGCCACGCGCCCCUGCGGUGCAAGCACACCCUUAGCUUCGGCACGGCCAAGGCCUCCGAACUGAUCGACGUCGCCUAA